AUGGCAACUCAAGUGACCACAGAAGUUGUGGAAGGUAAAACUGCAGAUGAUCUGUUUGAAACUUAUUCAAUUGAGGAUGUGAGACAGAUCAUUUCUAACUUGUCAGACGAUAUUACGUCGAAGAAACAACGUUUGAAAUUACUUGUUGGAAAUAAGUAUAGAGAUUUGUUACAUGUUGCAGAUGAUAUUAUUCAAAUGAACGGUGUUACACGCUCUACAAAUGACCUGCUGAUGGAUUUAGCCUUUGCGGACUCUGAUUACAAUUCUAAAAAGCUAUCUAAUUUAUCAACCUUCAAUCAAUCAAUCAGCCAAGAAAAUAUCAGGAAAACACAGAGUUUAAAUAGACCAAAAGUAUUGGGCAACAUCGUUCAUGAUUUAAAUUACACUUUAAUGAUCUUGAAACAUAAAAUAGCUACGGAGGUAUCUAAGCAUGAGUCUUCAACGAGAGAUUGUUCAGACCUAAGUACCAAAUUAAAAGAUUAUGAUAACGACUUUAGUCAAACCAUACCAAAAAAAAUGUCGGACGAACUUGUGACUGUUGCCAAACAAAUUUACUUGAUCCACUAUUUUUUCAAAACCGAAAUGUCGAUACAUAGGGAUUCGUUUGCUAUUAUUAAAUACAAACAGUUACUUCAAGAAUUUACCAACCUAAUAAAGAAUCACUUGACAAGGAUCAAUCAUGAGUCCGACUCAGACUUUUUCGUAAAUUUGUCUAUUUCCUAUAUGAUAUCCAAUAGAGUGAGUUUACAGGAGUCAAUUGAUUGGAUAUUAAAUGCUAGAUUAGAAUUUUUAACUGACAUUGCAGGUACUGCCCUCCCAUUGAAAGAGAUUUUGAAAUAUGUAUAUAUGACUUUGGAGUAUGUCGAUGCUUUCAAAUCAAGAAUUCCUGUUUUAAUAGCUAAAUUGCAAACCACAACUAGUAAUUCAGAUUGGAUUUGCCAGACCUCUUUUAGAAAAUGGGUCAAAUGGCUUAGACCCAUUCAAGAUAGUGAGCCGAAUAAAAAAGUGAGUACUCUACUUUACGAUUUUGACUACGAGAUAGGUACACUUAGUAGAGAUACAUACGAAAACAGCAUCAUGCAGUGGAAAAAUAAAGUUGCCUCAUUUAUAUUCAAUAAUUUAACCUCUAAAUUCCAUAAAUCUUGCGAAAAUUUAAAUGAUUUAGUUCUUUUACUGCAGAAUGUACUAAUUUCAUUCAAAUAUUUCACUUCUCUGACUGAUUUAUUGGUUGGAAGCAGUAACAUCGUGGAUCAAGUUAUCAAUGAAUGGGGCAAUCUCUAUAUUAGACAACUCAGGAUUCAACUAAGUGGGUUUGACAAAAUCAAAGACAGAGUUGUUUCAACCUUCAGAGACAGUAGUUUGAUAAAUAAUAUUAUGAAAGAGUCCAAAGAAAACAUACUGUAUGAGUUUAGUAUAGAUUUUGCCGUUAGUUCUUUGAUAGAUUUAUCGGGACACCGGAAUGGGCCAGAUGAAGCUCUUCAGCUGCUCGAUGUUUUUAUAUUGGACACAAAAUCAAUCUUAAGCUCCAUUGAGUUACUGAAUACUCUGAGUAUUGAAAUUUUGAAGCCUGUUCUUUCGAUAGAUGAUACUGAUGAUGAUGAAUACUGGGGAAAAAUUUCAUCUAAAGUAAAGAUACAAUUAAGUGACUCAAUUAAAGAAAGCGCCUCUAUUCUUAGCCAAUGUAUCAAUAGGUUUUAUGAUGAACUUUCGAAGCUCAUCAAAAAUGGUUCUAGUACUGUCAAUAACGAAAAUAUAUUCUAUAUUGUGCAUGUUUUAGUACAACUAGAGCAAAAACUCCAAUUGAAGGAAAUUUACAACACACUUAGUAAGGCUGUAGGUUUCACAUUAGGUGAAGAGCCUCAGUUGGGAUGCCUUAUCGAGCCACUUUUGGAGGAUUGCUUUGAAACCAUAGUUCAAUCAAUUUACAAAACAAGUUACAAAACUCGGUUUGAAACAGUAUUUAUUGAAAGGUUCCAAAACGAAGAAACAAAUUGUCCUGAAAUGUUGUUGUGGGACGUAUUUGAUAAUAAAAAAUUCCCCACUGUACCAUCGACAGAGGCUUCGUCAUUGUUACUUCAACUUUGUUUCGAUGUUACCAACUUCAACGGCUUAAGAUACUCCAAAUAUUUUUCGUUACCCUCCUUUGAGAGGGCACGGAAAGCCAUAUUGUAUCAGUUGAUUGACGCUUUAAAAGAGUCGAUGGAAGGGUUAACUGGAGCCGUUAACCGAGAUUCUUUGCUUCUAGCAUUUUCAGAUUAUACAUUUAUUCGUUCAUUGAUAAAUAUUAACGAACUACCACACGUUCCCACAAUAGACAAUAAGUUUGUUAAGUUAGAUUCGAUAUUUUCCGAUCCAGAGUAUUGUGCAAAGAUUGAAGCUGCUAUUGUCGACAAUAUGAGAACCCAAUAUUUAAUGUACUACCCUUUUUCUGUUUGA